AUGAGUUUCGAAAAGUUAUUGAACAUCAUGCAAAUAUUGUUGAAUACUCUCGAGAUUGCAACUGAAAUCUCCCAAAUAAAUUGGAUUGAUAAAGAUCCAAGUAUUCAAAAAGCUCUAAUGAUGAUUGUGCGUCAAUCACAAAAACCUUUAAAAUUCACCGCUGGAAAACUCUUUUUGUUGGACAUCAACACAUUUGUUUCGAUUGUUUACAGUGGUUUUUCAUAUUUUACAAUACUGAAACGUACAAUGGAAACGAAAGAAAUAAGCGAAGAAUAAACAAAUAUAAUGAGAAUCGAAUAAGCAAAAUAUCAAAAAAAGAGAAAUGAUGACAGUUUUAUAGUUUAUUUUU